AUUCGUAGAGAAGAAGAAAGAAAAUAUCGUUUAAAAUAAUAUUUAGAAAAUAAGUUGAGCAUUCGUAAUGAAAGUUCCAUGGUAUUAUAGUACAAAUUAUGGAAAAUUGCGUUAUUCUAACGGUGCCAUUUAGCUAAUGACACCUUUUUUCCUCCGUAACUAUCACUCGUAACCACCAUUUUUCGGGCGUCGUCGCCUUGUCAGCCGGCGGUGUGUCGCAGUACUUUAUUUAUUCAUACCGAGGGAACGUGUAUGGGGAUUGGGGAAAAUUCAAAAGGAACGUUCGGAAUGGGAAGCAGAACUGGUGCCAGCAACAGUGCUGAUGGUGUUGAGACCGUCUAACGAUGACAUUUAAAUGCAGUGCCGCGCAUCGUUUGGUUCUUCGUGCCACGACGAUUCUCUCCUCCGUCCCUUUCUUUUUCCCCCGUUCCCUAGCUCAUGUCUGCUCGAAAUACACGAGGAUAUCUUGCUAAAUUUUUAUCCUGUAACUUAUUGGAAAAUCAAAGGUAGAUCGAAAGACAGUUAAAUAUCAGAGGCCCCGGAGGACCUGGGCAGAGAUGGAAACUGCUAGACAGGAAUGAUAGAAUGCAAGAGGGUAGCACCGCCGUGGCGCUAGCGAUGGUGACUCCUGGUUACGAUCAGGACCCUGCAAGUGGGGUUGCCGAUUACACGACACAUCAAGAUCAGGCUCAGUUCGAGGCAGACAAGAGGGCAGUAUACAAACAUCCCCUCUUUCCGUUACUCGCGUUACUCUUCGAAAGAUGCGAACAAGCUACUCAGAGCUCGGACAACUCGACGUCCGAAAGCUUCAACAUGGACAUACAGGCCUUCGUCCAACACCAAGAAAGAGACCGAAAGCCUUUUCUGAUCAAUGACCCCGAAAUUGACGGUUUGAUGAUCAAGGCGAUACAGGUGCUACGGAUUCACCUACUCGAACUGGAAAAGGUGCAGGAGCUGUGCAAAGACUUUUGCAACAGGUACAUCACGUGCCUGAAAGGCAAGAUGCAAAGCGAAAAUCUGUUACGCAGCGAUUACAGUCACCAUGGACACGACAUGGGUCCAUCGAGUGGCAGCAACGGGAGCAGUCCUUUGCAGGUGCUGUCUUCUACAGGCAAUGAUGUUGAGUCGGGAGCUAACGGAUUCAGAGUGAGCAGAGCCGACACCCUGUCGGAGAACGGUGGUGCAAGUCAGUUGGCUGCUCAAGAGGAAACCGGUAACGACAGGCCGCCGUCAGUGCGAUCAUCAUCCACCGCUCAACGUUCGAAUAGAUCCUCCAGCCAGGACCAUGACGAUCCUCUGUCACCUUCCACGGUACAUGGCAGUACGCCUCUUUCACAGAUUGGGGCUCAUUCCUGUGUGCCAGUCAACGACAUGUAUCUUGGUCAAGAUGAUAUGGACUAUGUGAAUAUUAUUGGCGACAGAAUAUAUUUAGAAGAGGCUGGCUAUUGGGGCCUUCUUGCCUUACAAGAGCGUGAAAAUGAAUACGUCGAUGUCGGGGAUGCGAAUGACGAAAAAUAUUUUGAUAUCACUGUGGCGGGCUCCCCUUCACCUGCACCAAGUGAAGACGAAGAUGAAGGAUGUGGAACUGGUACUGUUACUUCCAAUCACAGUACUAGUCAUGGAGGUAAUCAUAGUAGCGUUAAGAAGGGAAGACAAAAGCGGGGUGUCUUACCCAAGCAAGCUACGAGCAUUAUGCGAACUUGGCUCUUUGAACAUUUAGUUCAUCCGUACCCCACGGAGGAUGAAAAGCGUCAAAUCGCAAGUCAAACGAACUUAACGUUGCUUCAAGUCAAUAAUUGGUUCAUUAAUGCUCGUCGACGAAUCCUCCAGCCAAUGCUUGACGGUGCUGGGGCUGAUUCCGUACAGCGUGCCGGAAAACGUCACAAGGUAUCGAAGCAUGUGGUGCAACAACAACAUGUGCAGCAACAACAAGGCGGCGGCUGGCAAUCUGAAGACUCUGGGAGCGAUUCAGGCUCUAGCGACGGGGAAGGAGGUGCCGAUAGAUCGAAAGAUGGUAACGAUAGCGACGAAGAUGAUCUUCACUGACCUCUGUCGAUCACCGAUACGUCAACCUCUUUACGGUACCUUCAAAUCCAGUUGCUCAUUACAGUAUUAAGGUAUUCGAGAAUAGAUUUCGCUUUAUCUGUCAAAUACGUAAUUAUUCUCGCGAAAAUCAAGGGUAUUAUUGGUCGAGGUUAUCACGCUCUCUUAUCGGAUCCGACAGUUUCGAUCUCCUUAACUAUUCAUGGAGCAUCUUUGCGUUUUUAAGCGUUGUUAUGUGUUAACUACGGUCCGAGAAAGAUUGAAAAAAAUUCUGUAUAAUUCGAUUACGAAACAUGUUCUUCCUUUUCUUUUUAUAUAUUCUUCGUAAAAGUAAUUCAGUCAUGAUAAAAAAGAUAUUUUCAUUUAUCGAAUCGUAAGAUCUUCAAAUAGAAUGAAGCUUAUUUUAGAAUUGUUAUCUUUUUUUAAUCAGUUUCGUUGAUUUGUUAAUAAGCAAGCUGCAUAUAAAACAGUUCUUAAUUUCUCUUAUAUAGUUUUUUGUUUUUUGCGAUUGUUUCUUCUUGACAAUUGUUAAUUUGCAUAUAAUAUUUCAAAGUGACGAAUGAAGGGUGCUACGUAUGUAGCGUAAGUCAUCGUUUGUAUCAUUUAUUAAACCAUAAGCCGCGUUUUUCACGACAUUUAUCGAGCGUCGUUUAGUUCGUUUAGAGCGUAGUUAUAAUAUUAAUAACUGAUUUAUAAUAGGAGCAAAUUAUUUUUCGAAAAAGACUUGAAUAUUCACACCA